AUGUUCGAGGGAUUACUUUUCUAUCCGACGCUGGGUUUCAAUUUGCUGCGCAACUAUCUGCAGCCGGCGAAGUGGUCCUGGUAUAGUCGUGUCGAUGAAGCCAUUGUUCUCGGUGCCAUGCCCUUUCGAAGUAUGGUCAAGGAAUUGGUCGAAGUCGAAAAUAUUGGUGCUGUUGUUUGUUGCACCGAAGGUUAUGAAACUCAGAUAGCGUGGAAGGCAGUGGACGAAAAUGAAUGGAAGAAACACGGAGUAGAAUUUUUUGCUUUACCAAUGACCGAUUUCGUGGGAACAGCCGCAAGGCCGUCCAUUGAGAAAGCUGUUAAAUUUGUCGAGAGCGCUAUCAGCAGCGGCAAGUCUGUGUAG